AUGUCUAGCCCCUUUGCCGCCGCCGAAUCUUAUAUGAAUCAUUCUUACACCACGGACGUCUCUGCUGCCGCAAUACUUCCAGUCUUCGAGACCGGUGCCAAUAUCAUUGGAGGUAUCUUUGGAGCUGUUGGUCUUUUUCAAUGGAUCAAGGGUCUAGUUCCAGAUCCCCCAAAGGGAGUCACCAACGUUGGUAUUACAGUCGGACAAACAGCAGAUAACCCUGAGAAGGACGGCCCAUACAACAUGGCAGGCAAUAUUCCGGCUAUCAGCGUCUACAGCGUCGCUGGAAACCUCGUCGCGUCCAGCAAUGGUGAUAGGAAGAAGACUUGGAAGGCGGGAUCCAAGAACUCUAUCUCCAUGGAGAAUAAUGGUGCUCAAGACAGUGUCGGAAGCGAAUACGUUUCCGUCGUGGCAACCGGAACAAAUGCCAUCUGCAUAUCGGCAGUGGGUCUCAAGAACCCCAACGAUGAGAUCUCUUAUGGCUGGUUCUCUGACGUCGGUGUCUCGUGUGGUAUGCAAUUUCACUGGUCAGAGACGAUUGUUGGGAACAGUGGGACACAGGGUUACCGUCCAAAUUGCGUUUGGAUCACAGGGCCAAGUUCUAAGAACGAUGUCACUACUCAAGGUUUCAGCAUGCAUAUCAUCGACUUCAGCAAAGUCACCCAGGCUCAGGCCGAUGCAUUCAACGGCAAAUUUGACUUAAUGUGCGGUAGUGCCCCACGAUUCUCCGCCUGGACGACAAUGCUCCCCGACAUCUCUCCUCCUGUGUUUAUUCCAUCUCUGCGAUAUAACGCUGAUAGAACUGAUCUGGAUGCUUCAACAGUCCUCGUCCCAGGUUUCGACAAAACAGACUACGGUCGCAUCAGCAUCGACAAGACUGGGCAGCCCACCCAUCCAGUUCGCUUGCCCACGCCAGAGAGUCCCAUCAUUCCUCCUGACUACCCAGCGGAGCGAAAUGAGAAGAGGAAGUCUCCCAUUCGUCCAAAGUCCAUGCAUCAUACUCUCAUAUCAAGCAGAUAUCCGGAACAUUCAGCAAAGCAUCUCUGCAGCAGUGCCACCUCUUGGGGUACAGAUGUUGUCUCGGAGACGGAGGGGCUUUUCUGUGAUAUGGAUCAGAAGCAACUUUGGCCACUGUGCGAGAGGAAGUCGCAAAUGUCUUGCUUUGAUACUAAGACUAAUGUACUGAGAGGCAGGUCUGCGGAGAGAGCUGUCGUACCCGAGAAGCGCUAUUUGGAGGUCAAGAGGUGGGGUUCGGCUGAAUAG